ACCACCACCAGUCUGGGGCUAUAUUGUCCUCGCCCCUGGCAGCCUAAGGUUCCACCCCCUCUUCAUUCACAAUAGUCAUGUGAUGUGCACUUUCAGAGUACAACAGCUUUGUGAGAGCUCCCCAUUCAUUUCCUCCUGAGUAGCCUUUGAAGGAGGAGGGAAAAAACAGAGCGAGCGAGCAAGAGAGAGAGUGAAAGAGAGUGAGAGACAAGAGUCUGACCACACAAGAAAACAAGACAGAGAGCUAAAAGGACGCAAUAAGGAUAUCACUUCUUUAUCUCACGUUCCGAGACUUCAAACAAGGAUGUUGAUGCUGGACGGGAUGCCUGUCCUGCGAGUCAGAGCAGAGCCCGUGCAGAUGCAGCGGAGGUCUCCUGAGAUCCGUCGCUACGCAGACAUGGGAGUGUUGGUGAUGGAAAGAAGGUUCCGGACUCAUUCUCCUGAAAAACGCUUUCCGUCAGACCUGUUCCAGAUGCAGACUGAGCCUGUAGACCUUUCCACCAACAGAUCCCGCUCUUCGCCAUCAUCAUCAUCGUCGUCAUCAUCAUCAUCAUCAUCACCCUCUUCAUCUUUGCUGCGUUUUUCGCCACGUUCCCCCCCAGUCUCCUCCACCAAGUCUCCUUCAUCAUCUUCUUCAUCGUCAGCAUCAUCAUUAUCUUCAUCAUCGUCAUUAUCGCUGCCUUCGUCCUCGCCUCCGUCGGUCAUAACUCCCGUGCCACGGUUAAAGAUGUCUCCAUCAAGAGUGACGUCUCCUCCCUCCAUCACUCGCAGGGGGCAGCCAUUCCUGCACAUACCCCAGGUCAUGCCUCCUUGCCCUAGCCCCAUCCACCUGCACUCCCGUAGAGUCCCUGUGGUGGUACAGCCCAUGCCAAUGGUCUACGCCGGGGUCGGUUCUUUGGGACCUGGUGGUCUCAUGGCACCCAUGCUGGAAGAGAGCAGGAUACAUAGAAAAGUCACACACAGAGUACAAGAUGGACCGUCUCCACGGCGAUCUUUGAGUGACAGCGAGGAUGAUGACCUGCCCAAUGUGACGCUGGACAGCGUGAACGAGACCGGCUCUACCGCCUUGACCAUCGCCCGUGCUGUACAGGACUCCAUGUUACCGUUUAGCAUCGAGAGCAUGCGAAGGUCGAGGCGACCCGAGUCUCCUGACACCAAGAGGAGACGCAUCCACCGCUGUGAGUUUGAUGGAUGCAGUAAAGUUUACACCAAGAGCUCUCACCUCAAGGCCCACAGGAGGACACACACCGGUGAGAAGCCAUAUAAGUGCACGUGGGAUGGCUGCGCGUGGAAAUUUGCACGCUCUGACGAGCUCACACGUCACUACCGCAAACACACCGGCGUCAAGCCGUUCAAGUGCGGCGACUGCGAGCGCAGCUUCUCCCGCUCGGAUCACCUGGCACUCCACCGCCGCCGCCAUGCACUGGUGUGAGGACACACACACACACACACACACACACACACACACACACACACACACACACACACACACACACACACACACACACACACAGAGCGGUUUUGGGAGGAUGUGGCCCGGGAGAGGCUGGACCUUUCCCUAAAUGUGCUCAUGGUAUUAGGAGUCUAGUCCUGGAUGAAGAGUAAGGAGUGAUGAUCAGUAUUUAACCGUUUAUAUCCUCAAGAAUACAUUUAUACAUGUGUAUAUAUCUAUCUGUAAGGAGCUGAUCAUACUGAUCAUACUCCAAAAUAUUACAAAGACUUACAGAGAGAGAGAGAGAGAGAGAGAGAGAGAGAGAGAGUUAAAUAAUACCAGCGCAUAUUGCAGGGCACGUCACGUCGAUCAUAUUCAGCAUUUCUAUGUUAUAUCAUUGCAAUUUUAUGACCCACUUUGAGACUAUUACACCAGUAUAUUUUAGCCAGUCAGAAACCCUGAUGUAACUCGCUGUAUGUUUUUUUGUUUCCCAUCUGACUGAAUCCAAGUCAGUCGUGAACUGUGAAAAGAAAAAGAAAAAAAAAAAAUCACAUCAUUUCUUCAAACUGUUGAUUCGAUUUGUUUCUCACCAGCGUGUGAGGAGCGGAUGACGUAAUUCGAUAGGGAUUUUAUUAAAAAAAAAACAAAAAACACACAGAUGGAUAAUUAACAGGGUAUAAAUCACAAUGUGAAAAAGAAGAAAAAACGCUAUUUCAUCCACUAAAUUAAUAUCAUUUUCUUAAUAAUAAUCAUUAAAAAAAAAAAGUAAAUAAAUAAAGGUCAGUGAUUUAUUUCCUGAUGGGAAAAAAAUGAAACUUUGCACAGCUUUGAUAUGGAGUGAGUGUUCACAGAAAUUAGUCAAAAGUUCAUAACAAUUAUUAUUAUUAUUAUUAUUAUUAUUAUUAUUAUUAUUAUUAUUAUUAUUAUUGAGUCCAUGUACUGUGUUGCUACAGUGAGAGAGAGAGACAGAGAGAGACAGAGAGAGAGAGAUUCAUUUUCAUUUAAACUGCAUAAUUUGUGCACAAACAUAGUGUAGCAGAUGUCUGUACAUUUAAAAGAAAAAAAGAAAAAAAAAUCUUAUGCUCCUUAUGUGCAUUUUAAGUCAUGUCAUGUAUUUGUUCAGUAUUUUUAUUGCACCCUUUUUUGAACGUAUGUGACGUCACCAUUUAUAUAUAAGUGUUGUUUAUAUUGAAGCCCGAUGACGGCCGGUCAAAAGCAUCAUCUGGGACCUUCCUUUAACCUUUAAUCCUGUUUCUCAAUUAUGUAUUUGUAAAUGAUGUUAUUGUAUACAUUUCCUUUUUUUAUAUGGAUUGACUGUGAAUUUAUACAUAAAUAUAUAUAUAUAUAUAAAUAUAUGUUUAAUGGAUCAAAUGAAGGCAUGAAUAAAGUCACUUAACACUUUAAUUCCA